GCUGCGUGCGUGCCCCGGAAGCGGAAGCUAAGGCCCGUUUCCGGGCGGCUGAUUCGAGGACAUGUUUUGUUACAAGCGGAGACUGUGAAAAGCUCCCUCAGGUGAGCUAUGCCGUCUGAGGGUCGCUGCUGGGAGACUCUGCAGGCGCUGCGCAGUUCCGACAAAGGUCGACUCAGCUACCACCGCGACUGGCUGCUGCGGGGCGAGGAUGUUUUGGAAGAAUGUCUGUCUCUUCCCAAGCUGUCUUCCUACUCUGGAUGGGUGGUAGACCAUGUCUUACCCCAAACACAAGAGAACCCACCUUCCUCUGAGACCUCAGCAUCCUCUAGGUCCACUUCCACCCUCGACCAACCUUCCUGUGUUCCCAGAUCUCCUGGCAGAACCCCUGCCUUCUCACCAUCCUCCUCAGCAACACCAGAUGGAGCCGAGGGCAAACAUGAGUCCCAGCAUACAGAGCCUAUGGUACUUCAGUCCUCCCGGGGGGUCAAAGUGGAAGGCUGCAUCCGAAUGUAUGAGCUGGUGCACAGGAUGAGAGGAACAGAGGGCCUGAGGCAGUGGCAGGAGGAGCAGGAGAGGAAGGUGCGAGCCCUCUCCGAGAUGGCAUCUGAACAACUGAAGCGCUUUGAUGAACGGAAGGAGCUGAAACAUCAUAAAGAAUUCCAGGACUUACGGGAAGUCAUGGAGAAGAGCUCCAGAGAAGCCUUGGGGCACCAAGAGAAGCUAAAAGCUGAGCAUCGUCACAGAGCAAAGAUUCUCAACCUGAAGCUGCGGGAGGCCGAGCAGCAGCGCCUGAAGCAGGUGGAGCAGGAACGGCUGCGGAGGGAAGAAGGCCAGGUUCGCCUGCGGAGCCUCUAUGCCCUGCAGGAGGAGGUGCUGCACCUCAACCAGCAGCUGGAUGCCUCUGAGCCGCACAAAGACGCGCUGAAGCUUGACCUGUCUGCCUUCCGGACCCGAGGCAACCAGCUGUGUGGCCUUGUCUCAGGGAUCAUUCGGGCCACGUCUGAGAACGGCUUUCCCACAGCAGAGGACCAGGCUGUGGCAGAGAGAGCCCUGCAGGAAAUGCGGGACCUCCUCACGAGCUUGCAGCAGGAGAUCGCCAAGGCCUGUGAAGCCAAGAGGAGGCAGGAUGAGGAGGCGGCCCACGAAAAGCGGCAGGAGUCAAAGAUGCAGCAGGGGCCGGAGGUCCCCAGAGAGACCCCAGCUCCCAGCCAGGGCCUAGGAGGGAAACAGAAUGAAGAUCUCCAGGUGAAGGUACAGGAUAGUACAAUGCAGUGGUACCAACAGCUUCAGGAUGCUUCUAGUCAGUGCGUGUUGGCCUUUGAGGAACUGACCAACAGCAAAGACAGUCAGGCCAAAAAGGUAAAGAUGGACCUCCAGAAGGCUGCCACCAUCCCAGUGAGCCAAAUCUCCACCAUUGCAGGCUCAAAGCUGAAGGAGAUCUUUGACAAGAUCCACAGCCUGCUCUCUGGAAAACCCGUUCAGUGUGGCGGGCGCUCCGUGUCCGUCACCCUGAACCCACAGGGCCUGGACUUUGUCCAGUACAAGCUGGCGGAGAAAUUUGUGAAACAAGGAGAGGAGGAGGUGGCCUCUCACCAUGAAGCGGCGUUCCCCAUUGCAGUUGUGGCGUCUGGAAUCUGGGAGCUCCACCCCAGAGUGGGCGACCUCAUUCUUGCUCACCUCCACAGGAAGUGUCCCUACUCUGUUCCCUUCUACCCAGCUUUCAAGGAGGGAAUGGCGUUGGAAGACUAUCAGAGGAUGCUUGGCUACCAAGUGAAGGACUCCAAAGUGGAACAGCAGGACAACUUUCUAAAACGCAUGUCUGGGAUGAUCCGACUCUACGCUGCCAUCAUCCAGCUCCGGUGGCCAUAUGGAAGCCGACAAGAGGUUCAUCCUCAUGGCUUAAAUCACGGCUGGCGCUGGUUGGCACAAAUCUUAAAUACGGAGCCCCUGUCAGAUGUGACAGCCACCCUCCUCUUUGACUUCUUGGAGGUGUGUGGAAAUGCCCUCAUGAAGCAGUACCAGGUACAGUUCUGGAAGAUGAUCCUUCUCAUCAAAGAAGACUACUUCCCCAGGAUUGAAGCCAUCACAAGCUCAGGACAGAUGGGUUCCUUCAUACGCCUCAAGCAGUUCUUAGAGAAAUGUUUGCAGCGCAAGGAGGUUCCUGUCCCCAAGGGCUUUCUGACUUCCUCCUUCUGGCGUUCCUGAUGGCCCUCCGUCACCCACCGUCACCGUUUUGUUGCAGAGGGACAAUAAUAAAGCAACUGAAAACAGCUGUAUUUGGGAGAAGUCAUGUCAGAUUUAGAAAUCCACCAAUAUAUUUGUACCUUGUGACUGGGAGAGGAGACUUUUCAGGGGUCCCAGAACCUAGCGGGUCUCUUCAAAGGCUAGAGGCUCCUUAAGGGGUCUACAUGGCAGAGUAGAUGGCAUUGGCUUUUCUUAUUUCUGAAGUAUGGUGAGAAGAGUGGUUUAGUACUUGGUCUCAUCAUUCAUUUCCCUUGUUGUCUAGUGUCUUUCAGAAAGUACAUAGUACCUUAACCAUUUAACUCUGAGCUGCAAUGAGCCCACCACUUCCACUCCAUCCUCUUCCACCGCCCUCCUGACCCCCACCAAGUCAUGCUGUCC